CCCGCCCCACCGCCCAGGUUUCGAUUUCCCCGCCGGCCCCUCUCUGCGCGGCGGACCCAAAACUUGGGGGUGAAUGGCGGGCGCGGCGGCGGCAAGUGGGACUCCUGGGGGGCUGGGCCCAGCGGAGCCCGAAGACGCGCGCGGCUGGCGCUGCCCGGAGCAUGGCGACCGCGUGGCUGAGCUGUGGCCGUGCCGCCGCUGCCGCCGCUGCUGCGUGUGCGCGCUUUGCCCGGUGCUGGGCUCGCACCGCGGCCACCCGGUUGGUCUGGCGCUGGAGGAGGCGGCGCGCGUGCAGAAACUCACCCAAGAAUGUUUAAAGAAUUUGACAACCAAGAAGCAGCGGCAAGUUGGCAACAUAACCCAACAAGAUGCUGCUGAGAAGCUCAAGGCUCAUGCAGAGUCAAGUAAAACCUGGCUGACCAGGAAAUUUCCUGAACUCAGAUUACUACUUGAUGAAGAGGAAGCUCUGACCAAGAAAUUCAUUGAGAAAAACACGCAGCUUGCCCUGCAGGCGUAGAGGGAGCAAAUUGAGUCUUGUGGGGAGCAAAUCGAUGUCAUGAACAAUCUCUCCAACAGGGUCUGGAAUAUCAGCCAGGAACCCAGUCCUGUACAGCUGCUCCCCAUGUGCCCUCGCGUGUACACGGCCGCUGAGCAGCAGAUGCAGCAGCAGAUGAGCCUGGGGGAGUCGUGCCACCCCAUGCCCCACUCCUUUGAGCCCGUCAAGAGUUUCUUUAAGGGCUUUGUGGAAGCCACGCAGAGCCCGCUACAGACGCCACUGGACAUCCGCCUUAAGGCGAACGUGAACUACCAGCACUCGGGCUCCUCUGGCGCCCAGCCGGGUUCCCUGUUGAAAACAAGCCCCUCACCAGAGCGAUCACUCUUGUUAAAAUACGCGCGCACGCCCACGCUGGAGGCAGACACGCUGCACGCGCGCCUGCGCCUCUCGGCAGACCGCCUGAAGGUGCGUUGCGGCCACCACGGCAGCCUGGGGCUCAAGCCUGCGCUGCAUUUCGACGCGCUGUGGCAGGUGCUGGGCCGCGACUGCUUCGACGCCGGCCGCCACUACUGGGAAGUGGACGUGCAGGAGGCGGGCGUCGGCUGGUGGGUGGGCGCGGCCUACGGCUCCCUCGGCGCCUCUGCCGCCGCCCGCUUGAGCUGCAACCGCUAGUCCUGGUGCCUCGAACUGUAUGACCUCGAGGACUGGGCCUUCCACGACGGCCAGCGCAGCCGUCUGCGGCCCCGCGACGACCCCGACCGGCUCGGCGUCUUCCUGGACUACGAGGUCGGUGUCUUCACCUUUUACGACGUGACGGGCGGUUUGACCCACCUGCACACCUUCCGUGCCGUCUUCCAGGAGCUGCUCUACCCGGCCCUGCGGCUCUGGGAAGGGGCCAUCAGCAUCUCCCGACUGCCCUAGGGGCCGACACCUGAGUGGCCCCCCUAGGCUCUCCGUGGCUCUGGUCUCACCGGAUCCGGACGUGGCUGGUCUACUGCCGCCUCUGGAGAAGUGAAAGGGAGUGAACAGCAGCCAGAAGUGGAUGCCGUCACACUCCAGCUCCUAGCACGUCAAUUUUAUGGAUUCUCUGACCAGGACCUUCUUGCCCACCAGACUGAAGAUGUCUUCAGGAGGGUAGCCUUUGGGCUCACCCACCUUCACAGUGAGCAUGUCCAGUGUUAGAAUGGUGCCUUCCGGAAUUUUCACUUUGGCCACCACAGACUUGCCCAGCUGUGGAUAAAAUUAAGACUCAGUGCCAGCCUCACAGAAAUAGUUAGCACACGUUGCUUUAUCCCCAAGGUCCCUGAUCGGUUUUCUUGCACAAGGUUACCUGGAUAGCAGGGACUCUGUUUUCCCCCUUCAGUGCCUAGAACAGUAUCUCACACACAGCAGGGACUCGGCCAGUGUGGGAUGGACUCAGAGACUCAGAGGAGGGGCCUUUAUAAUAAAGGACUCAGGUUAUGUAGCCAAAGAGAGCCAGAUCCGAAUCCCAGGCAGCUGGGUACAAGCUGUGGCUGAGUUUCUCUGUAAAAUGGGAAAUAACAGUGUCUCUACCCUGUCAGAUGACUACAAGGAUUCGUGAUAAUAAUGUAUGUAACCUACCUGGAACAUAGACUGCUCUCGGUAAAUAAAAAUUAUGAUUGCUUUUGUCA